AUGCGCAACAAACUCACGCCCACCUUUACCUCUGGUCAAAUGAAGUUUAUGUUUCCCACUGUGGUUUCAGUGGCUGAACAAUUUGUUGAAACCUUAAAUAGCGAUAUUGAGAAGAGUAACGUUGUUGAAAUCAAGGAACUUUUAGCACGUUUCACCACCGAUGUGAUUGGGUCUUGCGCUUUUGGCAUUGAGUGUAACAGUCUCAAGAAUCCUGAUGCUAUUUUCCGUCAAAUGGGACGUCGCAUUUUUACCGACACUCGCCAUUCCCUUCUCGUUGAGACCAUGAUAAAUACCGCUCCGAAUAUGGCACGAAAAUUUCAUAUGCGUACGUUCCCGGACGCGAUAACUGAUUUCUUCUUGAAUAUUGUACGUGAAGCUGUUGAUUAUAGGGAGAAGAAGCAUGUGCAGCGUAAUGAUUUUUUGAACAUACUGAUGGAGUUAAACAAAGGAAAAUUAAAGUUCGACGAUAAGGGCGAGGAGAAAGGGCUUACGUUGGAGGAAAUGGCGGCGCAAGUACAUUCAACAGCGCUUGCGUGCAGAAAUAAUUGA